AUGUCUUUCAGUGCCCCACUUAUUCCACCCCAUGCACGAGCAGUCAUCCCCAUGCACGAGCAGUCAUCCCCAUGCACGAGCAGUCAUCCCCAUGCACGAGCAGUCAUCACCAUGCACGAGCAGUCAUCCCCAUGCACGAGCAGUCAUCCCCAUGCACGAGCAGUCAUCCCCAUGCACGAGCAGUCAUCCCCAUGCACGAGCAGUCAUCCCCAUGCACGAGCAGUCAUCCCCAUGCACGAGCAGUCAUCCCCAUGCACGAGCAGUCAUCCCCAUGCACGAGCAGUCAUCCCCAUGCACGAGCAGUCAUCCCCAUGCACGAGCAGUCAUCCCCAUGCACGAGCAGUCAUCCCCAUGCACGAGCAGUCAUCCCCAUGCACGAGCAGUCAUCACCAUGCACGAGCAGUCAUCCCCAUGCACGAGCAGUCAUCACCAUGCACGAGCAGUCAUCCCCAUGCACGAGCAGUCAUCCCCAUGCACGAGCAGUCAUCACCAUGCACGAGCAGUCAUCCCCAUGCACGAGCAGUCAUCCCCAUGCACGAGCAGUCAUCCCCAUGCACGAGCAGUCAUCCCCAUGCACGAGCAGUCAUCACCAUGCACGAGCAGUCAUCCCCAUGCACGAGCAGUCAUCACCAUGCACGAGCAGUCAUCCCCAUGCACGAGCAGUCAUCACCAUGCACGAGCAGUCAUCCCCAUGCACGAGCAGUCAUCCCCAUGCACGAGCAGUCAUCCCCAUGCACGAGCAGUCAUCCCCAUGCACGAGCAGUCAUCCCCAUGCACGAGCAGUCAUCCCCAUGCACGAGCAGUCAUCCCCAUGCACGAGCAGUCAUCCCCAUGCAUAACUCACCCUGA